AUAGUAACAUUUUAUUACAUUACAUUAUAAUUUAUAACGGAUUUUUUUUAUAAUUAUUAUCUUAUUAGAAGUGUUGUCCUAAAAAAUAAAUUUUAUUAUAUUUUCAGAAUUUAGAUUAGAAUUUAGAUAUUAACUUAUAUUAUUCUAACACAAUAUUUUUUUUAAAAGAAACCAACCAAAGGAGAACUCACCUCUGAAUUAUUCUAAAAGAUAAAUUUUAAUUAUUUUAAUCAUAUUAACACUUUCAAACUUUAUUUUAAUUCAUUCUCAUUCACGUAUUUUCAAUAUUAAAUAUUUAAUUCAUAUUCUCAAAAUUCCAAUACGAAGAAACCAAUCUAUUUCAAAAUUAUUCUAAACAAAUAAAUUAUAAUUAUUACAUAUCGAUAUCGAUUUGUUCAAACUUUAUAUUAUCUUAUUUUCACAUCAUUCUCACUCACCCAUUUUCAACUCUCAAACUACACCAUACUAUUCUCAACCAUUGAAUGCAUAAAGAACCAAUCUAUUUUCAGAAACUCGCCCUUGAAUUAUUCCAACUUCGAAUCUUAUCGUUUCAUUUCCAACGACCAGGUCUCCAUACCAGAAAGGAACCAAGAAAGAAAGAGAGGGAGCGAGCAAGAUGGACAGAAAGAAAGAGAGAAAGAGAGAGGCUCCUCCAAAAGAUCCGCGAUAAUCCCGCAACGAUUCCCCCGCGUUGAGGACACGGAGAGCACAACGUGUUUCACGGCGAACCGUGUAUCGCGUGUGUUGCCUAAUGGUGGAAGGAAACGUUAUCCAGAGGCGGGCAAUGGACGGGCAUUACUGUACGGCGUACCCUGGUAGGGCCGAGAGAAGUCAGCCUCCGGGAUAUGGACUCGUACUCAGUCUUCGAACUGGUCUCGUACCGCGCUCUAUGCAGCGUGUCACACAGCCCUGUGAACAGCGGCAGCUUAGUUAACAACACCGCGUGUUGCUCCGCAUCUUCGUCGAGUCUUUCGUUCACUGGACCUCUUGCGCUCGUCGUACACCAUCUCGUCGUUCACCGGUUUCUCGACCGACUCUUCGCACUCCGCGAGACUUAUUUUCGUAUCGUAGCUUCCGGAAAUCGCGUGGAAUUCUCGCGGAAAUUCGUUUCUCUCUCUCUCUCUCUCUCUACGAAUUUUCGUCCGGUUACAUUUCCUUUUUCGUGAAAUUUUCGUGGAAUCACUCUCAUUCAGUCUCAGUUUUUAGUGGAUUUCUGGCAGUCAUCAUUUGAUCAAUUUCUCUUUCGAAAAGAAAGGAAAAUAUUGCCAAGUCUCGAUCGAUAUCAACGGGAUCUUUCGAUCACCUGUCAUCCGGUGAGGAAGAAACGGAUAGAGCCGCAACGACAUCGACAAGUGGAUUUGCCGGAAACGAGUCUUCGACACGGAGGAUGACACAAAAGUAGAGCGAAGCUAGAAAAAAGAAGGCAAGACUAUGGAUCUUCUUCUCUUGAUCGGAUUGCUUCUCUUUAUAUCAGGAGUUCUCGGGGAUUGUCCCUUGGUGCAAGCGCCGCAAUGGGGAAGAGUGAGGGAACGAGUCCUUAAAGAUGGUACUUUACAGACCGUGUACUCGUGUGAACCAGGCCGUAGAUUGAAGGGUCAUAAAAUACUGACUUGCACCGCGGACGGUUGGAAUCAUCCCAUCCCGAAAUGCGUGCCUCACGACAACAGAUUCCGACACUUUCGCACCGAUCUGUAUCUCGGCGAUGAUCCAAUUUCAACGGUGGCGGGCGAGGAGAAGGCGGCGAGGGAUCGGGUGAGGGCGCGCAAGAGGAUCGGCGAGCUGAAGAAGCGGAGGAAGGCGAAGGAGAGGAGGCAGAGGAUGAGGCACGGGGGCGAGAAGUCGGCGGUCGAAUCGCCUCCGGCUUCGCCACGCGUUGCGUUGAAUGAAACAAUAAUGUCGAGGCUGGAUCUGAGCUGCAUCAUGAAAGCUCGAAGGAAAGGAUUUACCAAAGCUCCCCCGGUCGAAAACGCGUAUCCCGCCAAGUAUGCCAGAAGGAAAAGCGUUCUACCGCCGUACAAUCGAUACCUAGUUGCAGUUUAUGAGUGCACCGAGGGAUACGUUUUCGAGGACUCGACGACUGAUCGACUUUUCUGCAGCGAUGGCGCUUGGCUAGGCGCGAUUCCGCGUUGCGUAAAAGUGGAAGAAGCGACACUCAAUAACGUGAAACGUUGCAAUCAGGAUCGAGGAGGGUGCGAGCAUGUGUGUGAAGAUACUCAAACAGGCGUGAACUGCUCGUGUUUCGAUGGAUUCCGCGUCAAAGGAUCUUCCUGCAUAGACAUAGACGAAUGUGCCGAAAGUACAGCUGGUUGCGCUCAAAUUUGUCACAACGACCCUGGUUCCUUCCAUUGUGAAUGCCAUUCUGGUUAUCAAUUGGGAACCGAUAGCAAAUCGUGUCUGGACGUUAACGAGUGCCUGGUGAAUAACGGGCACGGGCCGUGCCAAGGCACUUGCAUCAAUCUCGAAGGGAGCUACGAGUGCAACUGUUCCGAUAUUCCUGGCCACAAAUUGGCCGCGGAUAAUCACACCUGCGAGGAUAUCGACGAGUGUUCGACCAACAACGGGGGAUGUUCCCAUGUUUGUUUGAACACGCCUGGAAGCGCUUUUUGCCUCUGCCCGGACGGCUUUUAUCUGACCAACGACUGGAAAACUUGCCAAGAUGUGAACGAAUGCGAGAAUGCAUCCAAGGUUUGCACGAAUAAUACUGAUUGCGAGAACACUGUCGGCUCGUUUAAAUGCGUGAGCAAGCCGCAAAAGAUGACCAAAGUUCUCCAGGACGAAGAUUACGACGCGGAGGAGGACGAUGAUGAUGACGAUUACGACGAGGAAGAGGGCAUCACGGAAAUUCCAGAAUUUGGCAAAUGCGAGGAUGGUUUCAGAAAGAGCAAAAACGGCGAAUGCAUUGAUAUCGACGAAUGCUCCGACGAAGGAGAGCUUCCCGGCUGCCAACACGGUUGCGUGAACGAGCCAGGCGGUUACUACUGCACCUGCCAUUUGGGUUUCAAGCUCGAAGAAGACGGUGUAUCGUGUCGCGACAUCGACGAGUGCAAGGAGGGGGUGAAACCGUGCUCUCAUGGCUGCAACAACACCGAGGGCUCGUUCGAGUGCACCUGUCCAACGGGAUUCUCCCUGAAGGAGGACAAUCUCACCUGUAGCCGAGCGAGAAGCUGCGAAACACUGGCGACACCCUGCUCCCACGAGUGCCAAGAGUCGGAGGAUGGGCCGAUAUGCGUCUGCCCGCGAGGUUAUCAGGUCCACGAGGACGAGGUGAGCUGCGUGGACACGGACGAGUGCGCUCUGAACCUGUGCUCUCACUCCUGCGUGAAUUUAGACGGCGGAUUCGAGUGCACCUGCCCCCAAGGUUUCCAAACAUUGGACCACGACAAGUUCAAUUGCACGGACGUGGACGAGUGCGCCAACAACGCUCACGAUUGCGAGCACGAGUGCGUGAACGUCCACGGGGGUUACGCAUGCGGUUGUCGAUCCGGGUUCACUUUGAACGACGACAACAGGACUUGUUCCGACGUGGACGAGUGUCUGGAGGGCACUCACAAGUGCGAGCAGGUCUGCGUGAAUUCCGUUGGGAAUUACACUUGCUCUUGCCGGGAGGGUUACCGGUUCUCGGACAGAGACGGUUUCUUCGAUUGCGUGGAUAUAAACGAAUGCGACGAGGGUCGGCACGGCUGUUCCCACGAGUGUUUGAACGAGGAGGGUGGAUUCAAGUGCGGUUGCCCGUUGGGUUAUCUGUUGGGGAACGACUCGAGGACCUGCCAGGACGCGAACGAGUGUCUGGAGGGGACUCACCAAUGCUCGCACGAGUGCGUCAACGUGCAAGGAUCGUACGUGUGCACCUGUCCACUCGGUAUGAUCGUGUCGGAGGACAAAAGGCUGUGCGUCCCCGUCGACCCGUGCCACUUCGCCAAUUGUUCCCACAUGUGCGAGAAGCAUCGGGACACCUUCGAAUGCAGCUGUCCCGAGGGUUUCGUCCUCCAGGAGGACGGGAGAACCUGCCAGGACUUGGACGAGUGUCUGGAGAACGAGCACGAUUGCUCCCACGAUUGCGCCAACACGCUGGGCAGCUACGAGUGCGUCUGCCCCGACGGUCUGACGCUUCUUCAGGACGGGCUCACGUGCGAGGAUCCGUCGUGCCCGGAGGGAUUGCGGCAGGACGAUAAAGGCAGGUGUCGGGACAUCGACGAGUGCCUGGAGCGAAACCACGAGUGCUCCCACAUCUGCGUCAACGAGCACGCCACGUACCGCUGCUCCUGCCUCUCUGGAUGGACCCUGUCCGACGACGGCGUCACCUGCGUCGUUUCAGACCCCUGCUCCAACUCGUCCUGCUCCCACGUCUGCCUCCCCCACGCCUCGGGCCCCGUGUGCGAUUGCCCUUCGGGGUACAAGUUGGCCGCGGACGGCGCCACCUGCGAGGACGUGGACGAGUGUCGGGACGGAUCGGCCAAUUGCAGUUUCUCGUGCAGCAACAAGGAGGGGUCGUACGCUUGCGAGUGCCCGCCAGGGUUCAACCUCGGCGAGGACGGUCGAAGCUGCGUGGACGUGGACGAAUGCGCGCAACGAGACCACAAUUGUCCCCGAGAAUGCGUCAACCUCGAGGGGACGUACGAGUGCGUGUGCCCUAUCGGGUACGCAUUCUCGAAAACGGAACUCGCCUGCGUGGACAUCGACGAGUGCGGGACCACGCAGCACGCCUGCUCCCACGCGUGCACGAACACCGUAGGCGGAUACAACUGCACUUGCCCGACCGGAUGGAGGCUGAAAGAGGACUCGCGAAACUGCUUGCCGUCCGCCGUCGAUCGCAAUUGCUCGCACACGUACGAGCGGGACGGCGAGGAGAUCCGUUGCGGCUGUCCCGAGGGGUUCGAGCUCGAGGACGACGAGACCACUUGCGGCGACGUCGACGAGUGCGCCGAGGAUCCUCACCCCUGCGCCCAUCGUUGCGUCAACACCAAAGGAUCCUACCGCUGCGAGUGCCCUCCCGGUCUACGGCUGAGUCAGGACCGAACCACCUGCCGGGACGUCGACGAGUGCGUCGAGGGCAACAACGGGGGCUGUUCCCACGACUGCUCCAACACCGAGGGCAGCUUCCUCUGCAGCUGCCCGAGAGGGUACGAGUUGAUCGAGGACGAGAAGACCUGUCUGGACGUGGACGAGUGCGCCGUAAAUAACAACGGCGGUUGUUCCCACGAUUGCACCAACACCGAGGGCAGCUUCCUCUGUAGCUGCCCGAGAGGGUACGAGUUGAUCGAGGACGGGCAGACGUGUACAGACGUGGACGAAUGCACGAGGAAAGAGGUCCAUGGGUGUUCCCAUCGCUGCGAAAAUUUGGACGGUGGAUACGUUUGCUCGUGUCCGGAGGGCUCGGCCCUUGGACAGGACAAUAGGACGUGCACGGUGGCGGCGUGCGAGUCGGCGCACAAUUGCAGCCACACGUGCGUGAACGUCCGGGAUGGCUACGAGUGCGAGUGUCCCACAGGGUGGGAAUUAAGCUCGGACGGUCGGACGUGCGAGGAAAUUGAUUUUUGCGCCGGUGGACGACACGGCUGCUCACACGAGUGUGUGAGCGUGGCGGGUGGCGGGUUUCAGUGCCGGUGUCCGGCCGGCUAUGUUUUGUCCAAGGAUAACAGGAGCUGCCUGGACAGGGACGAGUGCGAGGAGGCGGGGAACGAGGUGAGCAACGGCUGCUCCCAUUCCUGCGUCAACACGGAUGGGAGCUACGAGUGUGGGUGCCCGAGCGGGUAUCGACUGGCGGGCGAUCGAAAGACCUGCGAGGACGUGAACGAGUGCAUCGAGGACAACGGUGGAUGCUCCCAUCUGUGCGCCAACAUCGAGGGCGGCGUCGAGUGCGCCUGCCCGGAUAAUUACAAAUUGCUCGAGGAUGACGGGAAGACGUGCGUGGAGAUCGACGAAUGCCUGAUCGACAACGGUGGCUGCACGCAUUUGUGCCAUUACGAGAACGGCACCGUCUCCUGCUUCUGCCCGCCAGGCAUGAUUCUGGACGACGACAAUGCCACUUGCGCGGAGGAGAACAAGUGUUACGCGGAUAACGGCGGUUGCUCCCAUUAUUGCAGCUACGAGGAUGGCCGGGUGGCUUGCUCCUGCCCAACGGAUCUCGUAUUGUCCGAGAACGGAACCGUUUGCAUGGAAGAGAAUAGAUGCUCGGAGGGGAACGGCGGCUGCUCCCACGACUGCCGUUACGAGAGAGGGGAGACGUUUUGCCUGUGCCCGGACGACAUGAUCCUCGGGGAUGACAAGCUUCGUUGCGUCUACGCGAACAAAUGUUUCGUCGACAACGGGGGUUGCUCCGAUAUCUGCUCCUUCUCCAACGGGUCCAUCGCCUGCGAGUGUCCGUCCGGGUUCAAACUGUCGGAGGACGAUAACGCUACCUGCGUGGACGUCGACGAGUGUUCGGAAUUGUUGGACAAUUGCACGCACCGGUGUACGAACACGGAGGGCGGGUUCGAGUGCGGGUGCAACCAAGGAUUCAAAGUGAACCCCGUUGAGCCCGCUUUCUGCGACGACGUGGACGAAUGCGAGGACUCGAGCGCGGGAUGCUCCCAUACGUGCGCCAACUUGGUAGGAUCGUUUCACUGUACCUGUCCAACCGGAUACGUCCUGGAGAAUGACAAUAAAACUUGCAGGUUGAUCGACGGCUGCAAGCGGAACAACGGAAACUGUUCUCAUCAUUGUCACCACGAGGAAGGUAGCGAGAUGGUGCACUGCUCCUGCCCUCUGGGAUUCAGAUUGAAACAGGAUCAGAGAACUUGCGAGGAUAUCGACGAGUGCGAGGAGUUCGAGAAUGACGUCGAUCUGGGCUGUUCUCACAUCUGCGUGAACACGGAAGGGGGAUAUUAUUGCGAGUGCCCCUCCGGCUACAUCCUGUUGCCGGAGAACAAGAAAAAUUGUAUCGACAUGAACGAGUGCCUCAACGAUCGACACAAUUGCAGUCACGACUGCUUGAACCUGUUAGGGAGCUACGUGUGCACCUGUUACGAGGGCCACUACCUCCAUUCCGAUAAAUCCACUUGCCUGGACAUAGACGAGUGUUUGGAGAGAAACGGCGGCUGCUCUCAUCAAUGCACCAACACUAUUGGCGGCCACUUUUGCUCCUGCCCAACCGGUUACGAGCUUUCGCAGGAUGAGAAAACCUGUAUCGACGUCGACGAGUGUAAAACGGAUCUGGCCGAUUGCCUCCACGAAUGCGUCAACACGUUGGGCUCGUGGAGGUGUAUCUGUCCGGACGGCCACGCGCUUGCCAACGAUUCCAAAACUUGCGUGGACAUAGACGAGUGCAAGGUGAACAACGGCGGCUGCUCCCACGCGUGCCUCAACAUCGUAGGCGGCGUUAGGUGCAAUUGUCCCAUAGGAUUGCGGCUAGACGAGAAUGGUAAAACGUGCAACGACGUGGACGAGUGCUCGACGGAUAAUGGCGGUUGCUCGGACGUGUGCAUCAAUUUGGAGGGCAGUUACUCCUGCCAGUGUGCCAACGGUCUCCACCUACACAUCGACGCCAAGACUUGCUUGGACGUUAACGAGUGCGAGAUGGAGAACGGAGGAUGCUCCGACAAUUGCAUCAACGUGCGUGGCAGUUAUCGUUGCGAGUGCCCUGCCGGUUUCCGAUUGAAGGACGACGAAAGGACUUGCUCCGACGUGAACGAGUGCGACCACGACAACGGUGGCUGCUCCCACGAAUGCGUGAACGAACUUGGUGGCUAUCGAUGCGAUUGCCCGUUCGGCCACGAGUUGAGGAACAAAUCGUGCCACCCUGUAGAUCCGUGUGCCGAUAACAACGGCGGCUGCGAGCAGAUUUGCACCGCGAAGAAUGGCACGGUUGUGUGCGGUUGCAAAGAAGGCUUCCGCCUCGAUGAGAACGAUCCCCCGAGGUGCAGAGAUAUCGACGAGUGCGCUGGCUCGCAACAUGGCUGCGAUCAGUUGUGCGUGAACACCGUUGGAUCGUUCGAGUGCUCGUGCAAGCAGGGAUUCGAGAUGCAGAAUUCUACCUGUGUUGAUAUAGACGAAUGCGCCACAAUGGAUUGUAAAGGGUACGAGUGUAUCAAUUCUUACGGCAGUUAUCGCUGCGAAUGUGAUAUUGGUCAUCGAUUGGAGGGCGAUCACUGCAUAGAUAUAAAUGAAUGCGCGUGGAACAACGGCGGAUGUGAGCAUGACUGCAUUAAUACAGUCGGUUCCUAUGUAUGCGCUUGUCGACCUGGCUAUAUACCAAGACGAAGAAAUAGAAACCAGUGCCAAGAUAUAAACGAGUGCUUGAACCAUAACGGGGGUUGCAACGGUGGAUGCGUUAACACAGCCGGAAGUUACUACUGCACGUGCAAUGGCGACCUCGUGUUGGCUUCCGACGAGAGAACUUGCAUUUCAGCGGAAUCGAGAUGCCGUGCUAUGGAACCACCCCUGCAUGCAGAAAUCAGAUGUCCAGGUCAUUCUUCCGGGGCAAUGGAUUAUCCUGUUGGAGCCAGAUGUCAUAUACAAUGUCGAAGAGGUUUCAGGCUGGAGGGGCCGCACACGAGAUACUGCAUGGCCGGGGAUCAAUGGAAUGGGAAGGAACCGACUUGCAUUCAAGCAUCGAUCGUGACCGAUUCCCGUUACCAUUCAGACAUGCCACGACCGUUCGUCAGGUGUCCCCGAGACAUGGACGUGGAACUACCCGCAAGGCAGAACACGAUACGCGUCUCCUUCCCUCAGCCCAAGUCCAACAUGAACUGGUGGAGGUACGUGGACGCUUCGCCAUCAUGGGCUAAGCAAUUGCAAGCGGAUUUACCAGCAGGUACGACGGUCGUCACUUUCACAGCAUGGUCGCCCGUUUCGAAUUAUACUAGCACGUGCAGGAUAGUGAUCCGUGUUCGAGAUACUGAGAAUCCAAAAGUUUCGACGUGCCCGACAUCCUUUGAAGUGCGGCUAAGCCCUGGCGAGCGGAAUCGCUUAAUAUUCUGGCAGGAGCCAACGUUCACCGACAACGUCGGCGUCGAACGGGUCUACAAAACGAGGGAACCCGGACAACUGAUGUACCCCGGCAUUCACAACGUGCGCUACAUCGCUUCCGAUGCAGCCGGAAAUCGAGCCGAAUGCCAUUUCUCGAUACACGUACGAGAAUCCGAGCAUCGUCGAGAUUCCGAGAUUUUUGUUUCAGCGCAAAGAACUAUAAACUACCACCUGUCUCAAUGUAUCCUAGCUUAUAUCCACAUUAAACAUUAUGCACACUUUUCUAAAUUAUUAAUAUCGCAUAUUGAAAAUCCGAGCAACGAUUUAAACGUUCGAAUUUCAUCCGGAGCCAAGAUUUUAAACGUGCGCGUCUUUUCUUUUCCACUUCUUCGCAAAAAUUGCAAACUUAUUCGAGCGAGAAUGAAGUGGAUACGCGAAUCCUCGCGGAGGGAACACGUAAAUUCGUUGGCGUUGCAUAAUUCGACGGUGACGAAUACGGAUGGGUCUCGACGGAAAUCCGGCAUCUAUCGCGCAACUUGUGUGUCUUUUCCCUUCCGGUGGGUGGAAAAAUACCGAGAUAUCGUUGUUGGGGGAUGUUGUUCGCAACUAUUUCCACCCGAGAAAAUUUCAAAGCGCUUCCUACGUUUAUUUUAGUUUAUCGCGUGAUUUACGGGAGGGGAUUUUCUGGCCAAGUUGACAGACAAGUUUAUAGCCCGGCCUCGUGUUUUCUCAUGAUGGCAAGGGAUGGCUUCUUGUAAUGAAAAUAGCUGUAAACGCGAGAGAUAUUCGGUGAUUGAAAAUCGUGAUUAAUUCGUCUUUUCCUUGUGUUUUUUAUUUUUUUUGUAUAUAAGUCUGUUAUAUUAUCGCACGUUGAUAUUCGAGAAGCAUUUUUGAGAAAAGAAAAAAUGAAAAUUUCUAAUUUUUACUAUACGCGAUUCGGAUCAUCAGAGUGAAUUUUGUUAAGCCAGAUUAAUUAUCUAUGGAAUUGAAAGUAGAGAGUGUCAAAGAAGAAUUUUUCACUUUCUGAAAUUAAUUACUUGUAUCUUCUCCCUCCGUCCAAGCAAAAUAAGAAUAAUUAUUUUAACGAAUAAAAUGUAUAUGCUUUUCGCAGUUUCUUUCUCCGCUGUAAAAGAUGACGAAACUUUCUCGGUUACUUAAUACUACAACUUGUAUUAAAAUGAAUUAAAUUCUUAGAAACUGGAUAAAGUUUUGGAUUGAAAUCUUUUGGCAUUAUACGAUACGAAGAAAUAUUUAUCCUCGCAAGAUAACUGCACCGUAAUUCACAGCACGGUAUUAAAGCGUAAUAUUUAAAUAUCAAUUUUUAAAAUAAAUAACAUAAUUUGAAAAAUUCGAUUAUCGAAUAGAAAUACACGUUACUAUAUUUUUUAAAUAAAUAAAUAAUUCACCAAACUCUUCGUUUUUAAUUAAUGAAACAUCUCAAGUUUCCCUUUGUAUUUUGCGUUUUUAAAUUUAUUAAAAAGUCUUAAAAUUUUUAUUAUAAAUUAUAAGUAAUUAAAUCUUCCUUAUAAAGCGUUGAUCAUUAUUGAAAGAUUCCCUCUAUUGCUUCCCUUUCUUUUUAAUAUUCUAGCUUGCCUUGAUUCGAGCAAGCAAAAUUUUUAUCUUAAUUAAAUUCCAAGAACGUGCAACGUUCCUUCUUCCCCACAAAAUAAUUAUUUGAAGAAUCUCUUCUAUGUUUCUUUUCUUCCUCGUUUUCUUAGUUUAUAUUCCAGCGAAAUUCAAUUCUUUUUUUAUUUUUUUCCUCUUCCUUCUAAUAUAUCCUCGUACAGUUGCGAGGAGAAAAUUGAUUUAAUCGGUGGACACGGGAUCGUUUUAUUAAUGCGACAACAUCCUCGUUAAUUAGAAAUCAAUUAACCCACCUGUCGAUUAUUCGAAUACCUAUUAAUUAAACUCUUGAUCAUCUGUAUGCAUAAUAAUCGUGCCAUUAUUGGCAUGAUUAUCGGCGUAUCAUCGAAUUGAUAAAUCAUAUUCAUCGUUUCGCCAUACGAAGAUGUUAAUUAACGUCGAGAUUGACCAAUCGUCUUCUAUGUGAUUUCUUUUUUUCUUCCCUUUCUCUUAUUUUUCUUUCUCUUAAUUCCCUCGUCUCUUGAUACAUUAAUUUAAAAUACAUAUGAAUACGCUCGUAGAUAAAAGUUGAGAAGCAAAUGAAUCAUUUGCAAUUAAUUAUCAAUUUUUUAUAUAUAUUUUUUCCCCUAAGAUCAAUAAAUUGGAACUAAUGGAAUGUGUAUAAGGAAAUUUGCAAAAGAUUAAUUUGUAUUUUAUUAAUUUUUACCAAUAAGUACAUUGUUAUUCAGGAGAUAAUUACAUUUGCAUCGUUGAUUGUUUUAAAUUAAUAUUACAACUAAUAAUCACUUGGUAAUUAUGUUUUAAUAACAUUCAAAGCUGGGUAUUAUUAAAUUUAGAUCAAAGUUUAGAUUGAAUGUUGCAUUGAUUAAUCUGUUUGACUAACAUAUUUAAAUUAUAAUUACUAAUUUCUAAUUUAUUAUACGAACUGUAAUUAAUGUUGAGAUUAUUAUUGAGGAAUUACCAAAAGGAUAAUUAUCAAAAUCGUUUAAUCUAUCAUUCACAAAAUUAAAGAUCUCAUAUUUCUCCAUAUUCUCAUAUUUUAUCAUAAUAAUUGAAUUAACUCACAUUAUAAUACCAUUAUAAUACACGUCUACACUGAAUCUCAGAAUAACUCUCUACCCUCAAAGAUUGUAUCACCAGUAAUAAUUACACACGUAUAAUAAACCUACAUUUCAACCUCCAA